AUGGCAGCUUCAAGUAGGGGCGCUCUCGCCAUUCGCGGCCUUCUGCGGACAUCGUCCCCGAGACUGUGCCGACAAUGCGCCACGACAGGCCUCCAGAUCCGAGCGCCGAAGUCGUGGCGAGCCUACUCGGGCGCCGCCGCCGCCGCCUCGACGGCAACGACGCCCAUCGACCUCCCCCCGACGACGACACCGACUCCCUCUGAGCCAGCGACACCCCAGCAGCAGCAGCAGCAGCAUGGCAAGUCCCACUACCGCAUCCAGGGCGGCAUCAUCCUGACGCGGGCGCCGCUGCUGACGGCUGAGGAGACGCCCUUCGAGUCGGCCUUUUACUUCUACCAGAAGCGCCUCAACGAGCGGCUCAGCAUGCCCUUCGUCACGUCCGUCUACUUCAAGCCCGACACGCCGGCGCUCAUCGACUGGAACCUCAAGGUGCGCGACCGCGAGGGCACCGUGGCCAAGGAGCUCGGCGUGUACCACGGCAGGGUUGUCCGGGGACCGCACGAUGGCGUCAGCGACGACGCCGAGAUCAUCCCCGUCGACGAGCCCGUCGCCGCCCGAGGCGCCCAGGAGCCGCGUCACCGAGGCGGACCCGCCGGCGACGUCGCGCGGCUCGACCGCGCCCUCGACAGGACGCUGUACCUCGUCGUCAAGGGCGCGGAUGGCCGCUGGGCGUUUCCCGCGGCGGCUACGGCCAAGAGGGUCAUGGACAAGACGGCCGGCCUCGACAUGAACACGUGGAUGGUGGGCCGCGUGCCCGUCGCCCACCACGUCGUCCGCCCGGUGCUCGGCGAGGACGGCUCGCUGCAGAAGCGCGGCGAGAAGACCUUCUUCCUCAAGGCCCGCAUCAUGGCCGGCCAGGCCAACCUCGCGGGCAACCCCUUUGGCUACACCGAGUUCAAGUGGCUGACGGCCGAGGAGCUGAAGGCCAGCGUCGACGACAAGUACUACCACAGCGUGCGGAACAUGCUGGCUGACAGGUAG